AAAAUAUGAUCAGUAUAGGUUUUAAUUUUGUAUUGUCUCGUUUGUUCAGAUAAUUGACACCAGUUGUGAACAUGUACUUUACAAUUUCGUUAGCCUUAGUCUUAUUUGGCUGUGUGUUUAUAGAAGCUUUAAAAGUUUCGUGCAAGAACGAAGCAAGUGAAGAUGUCGAUUGGUAUUAUUUAUAUAAACUCCCAAAACAUUAUUCCAAUGAAAUCAAUAGUGAUCUGAGUGGACUACGCUACACAUAUUUAACCUCGGAAACAAUUAAAACCAAGAAUUGGCAAUUAUCUGACAUUCGAAUUGAUAACUCUACCAGCUUCCCUGGCCAAACAUUAAGCGAUCUUUUUAACGAUCCAGAUGUUCUUUUAAUUGCCUACAAUGAUGAAGUGCCAGACGGUCCAACUGAUUUCGAAAAUGGCCAUACAAAAGGAGUCGUCGCAACUGAUGGGAUUCAUGCUCUGUGGUUAGUUCAUUCUGUUCCAAAAUAUCCUAGCAUUUCGGGCUACACUUAUCCCACGACAGGAGAACACUUUGGACAAAGCUUUCUCUGUGUGACUCUAAAUGCUACAACGCAAAUGAAUGCAGUUAUCACUCAAUUAUUAUUCAAUGAACCAAACAUUUAUUUCUCACGAAUUCCGGAGAGAUUAUCGAAAAGCUAUCCAGAUCUUGGUAGAGUUAUUGCCAAACAAUGGAGAUCGAGUGCACCAUUUCAAAAUCUUUUGAAGUUGAAGUCUUUAAAUGGCAAUAUUUUCCAAUCCUUUGCAAAAGGACGAUAUUCUAAUGUAGAACUUUAUAAAGAUUGGGUUGCGCCAAUUUUAGAUGUUGAUUUGAUGGUCGAAAGUUGGAGGAAUGGACCUGGGAAGCUUCCAUCCGAUUGCUCUACAAAGGACAAGGUCUACAACAUCGCAAUGAUUGAUGACCAUGAGAUAAGUUUUUCAUUCAAGUCGACAAUGGACCACUCGAAGUGGGCAGUUUCUAAGAUGGGAGAAAAUGAAUGGAUUUGUAUAGGAGAUAUCAACAGAUCUGAGCAUCAACUUCUACGUGGCGGUGGCACAGUUUGCCAGAAAAAUACCAAAUUGGCACAAAUGUACCGUAACUCGAUUAAAAGUUUUGAAAACUGUACUAACAAUGGUCUAAGCAAUUUGUAAAAAAAUAAACAACAUUCAAAUAAAUUAAAAGAUUCUUAACACGUUGACUGCCACCGA